AUGCUUCCAACUCCUAUAGUAAAAGAUAUUGAUAUUGAUAAUGUAUACGAACCAGCAGAAGACUCAUUUUUAUUGUUAGACUGUCUAGAAGAACAAUGUCUGUUCAUUACAGAAAGAUUCAGAUCAAGAGUACCGUUGGUUACAGAAAUAGGGACGGGUUCUGGGAUAGUUACGACUUUCAUUCAGCAGAACAUAUUGCCACAGUCGAUGUUUAUCACGACAGAUAUCAAUCCACAUGCAUGUAAAACCGUCUUGCAAACCGAUAAAGACAACAAUAUUGAUUCCAAGGACACCAAGGAACCGUACGUACUUGAUUCAUGUCAAAUGAACUUAACAACUGGUAUACGGCAAGGCACAAUAGACAUGCUUGUGUUCAACCCACCGUAUGUUCCCGCAUUUGAACUUCCCAACAUUCCAACCGCAGAAGAAGAUAAGACAUGGUUAGAUCUCGCUCUUUUGGGUGGAGAGGAUGGAAUGGUAGUAACAUGGAGAUUAUUAAACGAAUUGGAUUCCAUCUUAACUCCCGAAAUUGGGGUUGCCUACAUUUUAUUCUGUGCCAGAAAUAAGCCGAAAGAAGUUGCAAAAAUCAUGCAAGAGAAGGGAUGGGACGUCGAAACGAUAAUUUUCAGAAAGGCAGGAUGGGAAGAACUUAGUGUAUUACGAUUCAUUAGGCCAUGA